GAAGUAUAGUUAAGUCAAGUGUAGACUGCUUUGGAAUGUUAAGUUACCUUAAAUCUCUGUUGUCACGAUAAUAGACUGCACAGUUCCUUGCUAAACCAGUCAGCUGUAUCACGUGUAUCAGGACUAAAACCAACAGGGAUAUGUAUUUUCUUAUUUCACGCCAGACCAAGUUUCAAGGAUAUACAUAAAAUGGCAUUAUUCUGAAUACUGGAAUCCCAUAUUCUCUGCAUAGGUUUUAUCUGCAUUCUACAGUGUUUCAUAAAAAAUGUACGGGCAGACGACAGCUCAAAGGGGCUCAAAGAUUGUCUCGAUAGCGAUAUUUUGAACGGAUCGUGUUGCGUCUUUGCAGGUGUGUUUAUCCCACGCGAUAAAGGAAUACAUAUCUCCAGACAAUCUCAUAACUAUCCAGACAUUACAUUUCUCCCAAGGAGGGAACCAGCAAAACAUUUCAUCAAGAGCAGUUUUUUUUAAUAAGUACAAUGUGUACAGCACUUAAUAACUCAUUUUGGAGCACCUGUUGUCACGUUUGCAUCUGAGGUUUAUUCGUUCUCACAUGUCUGAGGCAGAAUGAUUCGACACGUUGUCAUGGGUAAGACACGAUAACGAUUGCGACGACGACGACGAAACGACAACGAAGGAAACUGGUCGCCAGGAGUAGCAUUUUGCGUGAAAUGAUCAAUGUAACCGACAUUCCUGUGGUGGAGUGCCUGCACGGGGCGAGGUAUCUGCACUUUGGAACCACUGAAACGAUUCUUUUCCAGAAAUGGUCGACUUCAAACAUCGGAGGUCUCCUUGGAUCCUGUCUGGUGGUCAUGGUCCUCGCCGUCCUGGUCGAAGGCCUGGUCGUCCUCCGGAAGUACUUAUCAAAGAAAUACGCAACUAACAUUCGCCACCGUAUGUUAGAGAUGGAAGCAAACGAAUCGUCAACGCUGGUGGAGGAGCAAGCCGAAGGACAAAUUCGUUUCUUUUCUUGGAGCCAUCUCAUUCUGACCGCCCUCUACGGCUUUCAGACUCUAGUCUUUUACCUUCUUAUGCUGAUAGCAAUGACAUUCAACGUGUAUCUUCUAUUGUCGAUCGUUAUCGGAGCGAGUAUCGGUUAUUUCAUGUUCGCCUGGCUAUGCUCAGUGAAAGUGAACACGGCUACGGUUAAAAGGUGAUAUUACGAAACAAAAAUUGAGGAAUUGACUUUUAGUGAGUGAUGACGGUAACUCGCGGAAUUUUGUGGGCUGGAGCAACUCUUGACGUUUGGAUUUGAGAGUGAACACACGGCAGAAGAUGAUCCGGAGGACUCGACUAUAUCGACAUCGAAUUGCAUAAUUUCACGAAUUCCAGUUCCAGUUUUAUAUAGCUCAGUCAGAUUUGCUGUGUUUUGUAGUUAAAGUAAACAUCAAAGGAAAUGUCCGACUUCUUAUAAGUAUAGUGUAAGGUGCUACGAGCAAGUGUAUAUAAUAAUCAUCAUUAAUUGUCUUCCAAAAUAUUUUUUUGAAAAUUAGUUGAUAGUGUUUUUAUACUUGAUUUAUCAUGCCUACUGCUGUAAGCAUUGACAUCAUGUGAAAUAACUUUAAAUUCAGGGAUGGGUACAUAUUUCCUCACCAUCCGUUCCUGAGUUAAAUGUUUCAUAGGGGUUGUUUUGCCCACCAUGUUUCAGAAGUGUAAUGGGGAGGGGACCAGACAUGGCUAAUGUGACCAAAUUUCUCAAAAGUCCCGAGUGAGCGAAGCGAGAGAGCAAAAAUCAUUACUUAAAAAAAAUGAUAAUGCUAUUUUGUGAUAGAUUUUCGGACAUUUAGGAAAUAACAGCACAUGUCACCUUUUUACAUUUUCUUUUUUUCUCCUCCUUUGUCAUUCUUUUCUUAGCAGUGUAACUUUUUUUUUGGGGGGGGGGCAUACCCCAAUGACUCCCCCCCCCCCCAUUCUGUACUUCAGUGGCCAGCAUUAAUCGACAGGUUGAAUAAUAACAAAAACAUUGUCUCGUUGCAGAAGCUUCUCUCAUACGGAUAAUGCUGGAUCCAUCACAAGCGCUUGUGUGACCUUGCGCCCUCUGUAGAUCAUACAAAGGAAGGGUGGCUGGGAUUUUAUUGAUGGUCAAGUUGAAUUGCAUUUGAAUCAAUUUGUGAUUGUACGUUGUCGACUCUGUAUUAAUUACCGUGUAUUAAUUUGCCUGCGAUUGAAUAUGUUUUGUAAGUUAUUACUAGAGAAACACUAAACGUUUAUUUUAUUAUUUAUUUAUUUUCUUCAAUAAAAUUGAACAUUCUCAAAAGAA